UACAAAACCCCAUAUUUCCGAUAAACAAAUCCAUCCAUUAAUUCAAUUCUGUGGUGUCUGAAAAACCCUAAAAAUGCCGAGGAAAGGGAUGAGUGGCCUCUGGUUCUCUCUCACUCCCAGAGUGGGCUCUCCAUUCUCGCCGCCGUCGCCGUCGCCGUCGCGGUUCGGAAACUCGCCGUACCGGCAGAGCUUCUCCGAGUCGGUGAUGGACCGGACUCUCGAAAUUUCCGAACCGGUCAUCGCCAAAUGGGACCCCGAAACGACGACGUUUGCCAGAGUCACCUCUCUGUUCUACGAGAAUCGCCGCGAGGCCAGGGAAUUCAUCAAAACCGUCAAUAAUCUGCACAAGGCGAUGCAUUUGCUCGUCAAGGAGGAUUCCAAUUCUGAGAAACUGAUUCGGGCCAAGAAUCUGAUCCAGAUCGCCAUGAAAAGGCUGCAGAAGGAGUUCUACCAGAUUCUGUCGAUGAAUCGCGCCCAUCUCGACCCUGAAUCGGUCUCGACCCGCUCCUCCCGCACUUCCAUCGCCUCCAGCGUGUCUGAUUUCGAUUACGACGAGGAAGACGACGAUCAGGUCAGAAGUGGGAUCGAAGCUGUUAAUGAUGUCGGAGAUGUCUCGUCGCUUGCCAUGGCGGAUCUGAGAUUGAUCGCCGAUUGUAUGAUUUCUUGCGGCUAUGGAAAAGAGUGCGUCAAGAUUUAUAAGAUCAUCCGUAAAUCGAUCGUCGAUGAGGCGAUUUAUAAGCUGGGGGUUUUGCAGUUUACUUCUUCUCAGAUUCAUAAAAUGGAUUGGAGAUCGCUCGAUUUGAGGGUUAAGAACUGGCUCGACGCCGUCGGCGCCGCCGUCAAGGUCCUCUUCAAUGGCGAACGGAUUCUCUGCGACCACGUCUUUAAUAGUUCUGAUUCUGUAAGGGAAUCAUGUUUUACUGAAAUUUCUAAAUCGGGAGCUCUGAUUUUGUUCGGAUUUCCAGAGCUCGUCGCGAAGUACAGCAAGAAGUCGCCGGAGAAGAUUUUCCGGCUACUGGAUAUGUACACCGGAAUCUCAAACCACUGGCCGGAGAUCGAAUCCAUAUUUUCUUUCCCAUCCGCUGACGCCGUUAAAUCACAGGCGGUGACGGCGUUAGUUAAGCUCGGGGAAUCUGUCCGCGCCGCCGUCGACGCAUUCGAGACGUCGAUUUUGAAGGAUUCGUCGAAAUCUCCGGUCGCCGGCGCCGGAAUUCAUGCUCUGACGAUCAAUUCGAUGAACUACCUCUCGCUCCUCGCUGAUUACAGUGUGAUUUUAUCCGACAUCUUCGCCGAUUCUCCGCCGCCGGCGAAGAAGAUGCUGCCGGAUUCGUACUUCGGAUUUUCCGAUUCCGACGAGUCGACGGCGCCGGCGAUUUCUCUGAAAAUGGCGUGGCUGAUUUUAGUCUUGCUCUGCAAGCUGGACGCGAAGGCGAAGUAUUACAAAGACAUUUCCCUUUCUUACCUUUUUCUGGCGAACAAUCUUCAAUACGUCGUCGUUGAGGUUCAGACAUCGAACCUUAAAUACCUUCUCGGCGGGGAGUGGGUGGCGAAGCACGAAGCGAAGGUCAAACAGUUCGCGUCAAACUACGAGCGGCUAGGAUGGGGCCACGUCAUCGAAUCUCUGCCGUCGGAUCCUGCGGCGGCCGCCACUUCGCCGGAAAGGGUGAAGGAGACUUUCAAGAAAUUCAACGCGGCGUUUGACCAGGCGUACAAGAAGCAAUCGGUUUGUGUGGUCCAGGACAGCAAGCUCCGGGACCACAUAAAGGUGUCGAUCGCCCGGAAGAUUUUCCGGCUGUACCGGGAGUUCUACGCCGGCCACCGGCCGGCGAUGCUCCGGCAGAAGUACUGGGCGCCAAUUGUCAAAUAUACCCCUGAGGACGUCGGCCACCGCCUCUCUGAUCUGUUCUUCGGCGAGAUUGAUCAGUCGGCGGGGAGCGUUUCAUCGGUACAGUCGUCGCCGUCGCCGUCGCUGACGUGGCCGCGCCGAUCUCGUUGAAUUAAGUAAUGAAAUUUCUUAAUUAAUAAAUUUAUUAUUAUUAUUAUUAUUAAUUAAAGUGUGUUAAUUAAUUAAAUGAAUCGCCGUAGCCGAGUGUAUGUAAUUUCGAGUGCCGUUCCGGUGAUUAUCGAUUAUUGUUGUUAUUAUUAUUAUUAUUAUAUGGCAAAAUUUUUGGUUGAACCAAUCGAUUAUGAAUUGUAUGUUCAAAGUGGACUUGCUAUA